AUGCAUCCGAUAGUUUUUUCAAGGAACAAAAAAUUGAGACUUUUGAGGAAAAGUUUGACGAUAUUCUGCGAAAAGUUCAAGUAGGCCCUCAAGGGUAUUUUUGUGAGUUCGAUAAAGAGUGCUUAAGGGCCUCCUAAAGGAAAUAUUCCUUCUUGUGAUUUCAUGAAAUUUUUUUAAAAAAAUAUUGAAAAAAAUUAGGAUAAGGGAGGUAGAGUUUUUAAAAAAAUUAUCCAGAAAAAAAUCUGAAUUUUCAACUUCCCUAUAGGAACCACUUCAUCUUCUAUCAGUUCUGCAGGGAAACCUGAUUUUUCUAUCACUUUUCUGAGCUUUAUCAGGUUUUAGUAAUGUUCGAACAAUUAGAACCCGAAUUUUAAGCCAUAAGGCUUUUCGGGUUUUUUCUGGAAAUGAUCGAGUUUCCAGAAAAAGCGACUUUUUUUGAAAUGAAGUUUGAGGAAUUUUAUGAGAUUCUACAAAGCAAAAUUUUAUGAAUUUGAAAUUUCUGUAGUAAAUCUUGACAGAAUCACGCAGAGAAACGUGAAAUUUUAGUCAUUUUUUUCAAUUUUUCCAGAAGUUUCCAGCGAUUCUGACGCUGGUCUGAAGCUCGACAGUGUUCUUUUCGGUAAAUUUCCUUUUUUUCCUCAUAAUUUUUUUAUUUUCAGAGCAUCGCAACGAUUUCCACCCGAAAGAACUAGUUUUGAGUAGAUGGAAAGACCCAGGUACAGGAGAAACAGAAAAAAAUAACUUUAAAAAAAUCAUUUUUUUCAGCCAAAUUUCAACAGUUGUCUGAUCCUACUUCGUCUGUUGUCCUGAGCGGUUUUUUUAAAAAUUUUUUCAAUUAUUACAAAAAGAAAAAAAGUGAAAAUUAAAUUUUCAGACGCCGUCACCUGUGAUGCUGGCUGGACCAUUUACUCGAAAAAUAAUAAAUGCUACAAGGUUUUUUUUUCUUUUUAUUCAAAUUUAACUCCAAUUUUCGAUUAAAAUUAUUUGUUUCUUAUGUUUUUCGCGACCUGAAAACGCUUUUUUUUCUCUGCGCCCUCCUCGUCUCUCGGCGACCCUCUCAUGUUGCCGUGCUAUUUUCAUGUUUCUCUCCUCUCUCCGCGUCUCCUCGUCUCCCGACAACCCUCUCAUUUUGAUGUGCUAUUUUCAUGUUUCUCUUUUCUUUCUGCGCCUCCCAGUCUCUCGGUGACCCUCUCAUUUUGAUGUUCUGUUUUCAUCUUUCUCCUCCCUCUCUGCGACCUCCUCGUCUCUCGGUGACCCUCUCAUUUUGACGUGCUAUUUUCAUUUUUCUCUGACCUCGCCGUGGAGAGAACAGAGAGACGCAGACAUGUGAAAUCUUUUAAGUCGGAAAUGAUCGGGUGUACCACGGUAACGCCCGAACACUGCCCGAUUUUAAAAACUCAUUUCGUGGCAUUUACCGAAUAUCUCCCUCAGAAAGAAAUUCCGAGGCGCCACAGUGGUCAACAAUAGACAAAAAAAAUUUUCUGAUCGUUUUCCGGGAUUUUUCCCAUAAAAGUCAAAAAAUAAGAAGAGAAACUAGCUCAGACAUUGGUAAGGCGAUUCGGACGUUUCGAGGCAUUUCUAGUGGUCACUUAAGCGCUUUGAAGCUACUAAAGUGACCACUAGAAAUGGCCCGACACGUCUGGUUCGCGCAUAGUCGAUUCAUCACUAACUUCUGAGGGGGCGUGGCCUGUCUGCGCUCUCCAACAGCAAGGUACUAUCUCUCUUAUUACCGUGUCAGGACCCUUUUUUUCGAUAUCUCAAGCGUGAAUCAGCUAUAACCAAGGUCCGAGAGGUCAGGUAUUCAAAAAUCUGUAUGGUUACAUUGUUUAGUUUUUUUUUCUCUUGGAAAGGUAUACUUUUAAAACCGAAAGCUUCUGAAUCCAUUUAGACCUUCUUCUCUUCUUCCUCUAGAUAUUCUCAAUUUUCCAAAAUAUCCCAAAUUUAGCUGGGAGACACAACGCAAGAUUGGCACAAGAGCAAGACGUUUUGCGAAAAUCUUCGCCCUGGAGCACAUUUGGCGUCGAUUCACAAUCGCGAGGAGAAUUUGUGGGUCGACAGUGAGUUUUAUACGCUAAAAUUUGUUCAGAAAUGAAAAAAAGGGAAUGUUCGAAAAAAAGUUAUUGAGAACUAGAAUGGUAAAGAACUUUGUUAGAAGCUGGGAAACUUGAAUUUUUCAAUUUUAAGCUUCAAAAAAAGUUCGAAACAGCCAGAAUUUUUCAACUUUUAUCAGUUUCUGUAGCUUUUUUCUGUAUCCAAAAACAUGCUUCGAAAAAAAAAGAAAUAAAAAAUCAGAAAUUUUUUCCCAUUGCAGCUCUCAAAAAAUCAAAAUUUAGGUCAAUUCAAGGUGAUGGGAUCGCUACACGCCUGGAUUGGUCUUUCCCAGCUUGUGAGUGAAAUUUUAUAUAUAAUUUUUUUAUCCUCCUAUUCCAUUUCUAACAGUUGAUCUUCUAUCAAAAAAAGGAACAUUGAGCUAAAAAAAUUGAAAAUAAAAUCAAGAAAAAUCCAGAAAAAAAACGAGUCAAUAAUCAUGAAAAAUUGAAAAGUGAAAUAUUUUCAUUGAAAAUUUUUUCCACAGUUUUUUAAUGUAUAGAGAAAAGAUAGGAAAUGUCUAAAACGCCCAUUUUAUCCGUAAAAAGGGGAAAAUUGACCGUUUCAAUAAUUAUGACGCAGUCAAGAAAUUUCUUUUUUUUCCAAAGUUUUUCAUGUCUACUGUUGUAAUAACUUUUUGUACAAUUGGAAUUUCAAAUAUAAAAUAUUUUCACAUAAUCUUUGCAGAGUGGCUCACUAGCCUGGGUCGACGGAACUCCGGUCGAUUACCAAUGGUGGAUGGGAGGAUUUUUGAACGACGGAAAUCCGUCGCCGGAUAGGGAUCCUGAGGACAGUUGCACUGAGGUUUGGGAAAAUGUUUAAUAGUUUUUGAUAGACUGAAUUGAAGCCAUUGAAACGCGUUUUCGAAGCUGAAAAUACCAAAAAACUGUCUGUAAAGAGGCUUUUUCUAGGCCUUUCUUCUAAUUUCCCGGAUUUUUGUCUCUAUCUUUGACCUUGUCAAUCGAUCAAUCAAUCAAUCAAUUUUUUUUUUGUCAUAGAUUUUUAUCGACAAGGGGGUUGACAAGAAUUUUCGAAGAUUUAGCAAACCCGCCUUUGGCGAACUAGAAGUCCAAACGUGUAGUUGAAUGAACUUACGAUCCUCCAACUUGACGUUUUUUGACGCCCAUAUUUUUUUCCGUGAAGUUUAGUGUGUCGUGUGCAUACACUGGAGCGCUCUGGCACAUACUUAAAACUACAAUUUACUCAGUAUUCAGAGUAAGAUGUAGAAGAAAUCUCUGCUGAAUCAUGAUAUAAUCGAAGAGUUAGUCGUCGGCACGGGUUGCGGUCCACAAUCGUUGUCGAGUAAGCCCCAGCGCGACAGCUGGCGUUGGGAAAUAAUGUGGGCCCAUUGGUAGUACCAGCGAAUAAACUGCUUCACCAUGUUGGAACACGGCGCCCAGCUUGUCCAGGGCUGACGGGCGUCGGAAUAUUAUCCCAUGAGAGAGCGGCAAGGAGACCGACUAGUCGACGUGAUGAAAUGAAAUAAUAAUGCCGUGUUCAAAGUAAUUUUCGCGAUAUUCAAAAUCAUCUCUGAAUUUCCGAAAUUUAGUUAUUUUGUGUGAGAUAGGUGGAAGUCUCGAAAUGAGAGCGACUACCGAAGAGUGAGGGUUUAUUGGUGAUACUGACGCGAUAAGAAAAAAGACAAUGCUGGGUUGUUGGAGAGCGCAGACAGGCCACGCCUUUUUGCGUCUCAAAAAAAAAACUUCAGAUCUGCGACGAUCGACUAGUCUGCUCGAUUCUGAACCCCGUCUACACUUCGGGAACAUUCAACAUGUAUCAUUGUACUGAAGAACUCAACGCGAUUUGUCAGUACGAUCCGGCUCUAGGUACGGUUUGGCAUUGGAAAACUAUAAAAAGGCUUCUUCUGAAAUAAAGGUUCUUAUGAAACCAGGCUGGUGCAAGGACCCGAAAAAGUCUUGGCCAGUCCAAAACACCGCAAACUUUCUUCCACAUAAAAUAAAUUUACGUGGAGAAUUUUCCGUUAAGAAUUUUUGAUGAGAUUCGAAACAUUUUCCGAAGCCUGGUCUGGCCCGAGUCCGCGAGAAUUCCAAGCCCGGGCCGACCCAAGCCGCCCAGUCUGACGCACAAGCUCGUAUGAGAUUAAUAAAACAGAUUCAAGGCUGGCUUGAGCCUUUGAAAAAAGGGUCAUGACACGAUAGUAAAAGAGAUAGUUUGUGAUUCGUGGAGAGUGCAGACAGGCCACGCCCCUCAGCGUCCCAAGCUGGCCGUAGAUCGGCUAUAUAGUUACGAAUCAUCCGAAAAAUAGAGGGCAGGAAUGUCAGACUUUUUAAAGUAAGGGUGAAUAAACUAUUAAGAGAAUAAUCAAAAAAUCAUUGAAAUGGCAGAAAAACGGAAGUUUCAAGGUACUCCCUAAUUUGGGACCGAGGUUAUAGUCUGUUCAUAUUUUUAAUGUCAAAUGCAAUGACGUCAUUCAAAAACACUCUGUGGAUGGCUCGUCCUCUGAUUGGUUUAUCGCGCCAUUAGGGGCGGAGAUUGAGCGACGACUUGACAAAAUCUGAACAGAAUAUAUCAGUUAGAGCGUUCUUUUUUGAACUUGAAGCUCAUUAUUACUCAAUUUUAAGUGGUAACACCAACGACGCCUCCAACGACUACGACCGUGGCCACAACGACUCCAACUACAACCACAGUUCAAACUACAACCACGCCGAAACCUACAACAACCCCUCCUACGACCACUAAAGCAACCACUACGGCUCCUACCACUACUACCAAGCCUAGCACUUCUAGUACCACUACCAAGCCUACCAGUACCUCUACAAGUACCGUGAGUACUACCACCAAGCCUCCCAGUACCAGUACUUCUACGACGAUUGCUAGUACUACAACUAAGACUUCAACUCUUCUCACGACGACUUCGAAGCCUUCUACCACCACUGAACCCACUACAGUGACCACUACCAAGUCGUCUACUACAGUGACCACUGCAAAGCCUACUACCACCACUGAACCCACUACAGUGACCACUACCAAGACAACUCUGAAACCUACUACCACCACUGAACCCACUACAGUGACCACUACCAAGUCGUCUACUACAGUGACCACUCCGAAGCCUACUACCACUACUAUAGGGACCACUACCAAGACAACCCUAAAGCCUACUACCACAGCUGAACCAACCACUACCACUAUAGGGACCACUACAAAGACCUCCACUUCCACCUCUACUCCCAAAACCAUCCCAGCCUCACUCUGCCUCUCCCAAUGCCCAGAAAAUUGGGUCCAAGUCGACGGAUCCUGCUUUGCGGUUGGUACAAAAAACCUUAUUGCUCAUGUUUGCUAACUUCAGAAGCUCAGCUUGGGCGGGACUUGGGCGCAGGCCAAUUGGGCGUGUCAGCAACUUGGAGCUCAAUUGGCUAGUAUCCAGAGCAAGGAUCAGAACGACGCUUUGAGAAGUUUGAAAAGAGCUGGAUUUUUUUUUAAGAUUCAAAAUUUAGAAGCCUUUGACACCAAUGAGUCGGGAACCACUGGGGAGCAAAUUUGGAUCGGAUUGAAGGUCCCAAAAUAAAAAAAAACCUUUAAAAAAAGUUAAAUUUAGCAACCCUGGACAAAAUGGAGCGAUGGAUCUACAGUUUCCUUCAAAAAUUGGGCCGAAGAUCAGCCGGACGCCGACGAGGGCUCUACAGACUACUGUGCUACCGUAACCCCCUAUUUUCUUCAAAAAAUACAGUACCUUACAGUUCAUCAUUAGCCGAUUGUCUACAAGCCCAGUCCGAGGCGUUUGGAACGACUUUCUCUGCUCAAAAACGCAAUCUUUCGCUUUAUGCGAGAAAUCUUUGGAAUAAAAUCGAAUUUAGUUGUUUACAAUGGUUGAGGGGACACUUUAGUGGAAUUUUCGUUGGUUUCAAGGUGUUUUUAAUUUAAAAAAAGCGUCUUUUAGUUCUUUAUCUUCACUUGAAAAGUUUUUUGAAGGCAAAAUUGAGAACUGUUGAGUCAAUUUUUAAUCAAAUUCCAGAAAAAAAGUGCUCAUUUUUGAACUUUGCCGCAAAACGCUGUCAUUUGGAAGCUCAAAAAAAGAUCAUGCGGUCCAAAAAUGUUCCCAAAAAAAGGGGACAAAUCCGCCAUAAGUAGAGGGGAAAUCGAACUGCAUCUACACAGUUUUUGGUCUAUCUGAUGGCCGUCAUUUUUGCUCGUUUAUUGUUUUUUGUUUAUUUUUCUGAGAUUUUCAAAGCUGAUGGUAUGUUCUUUCGGUCUUAUUCACUCGCCUUGACUUGAAAGGCGUGGUCGCAUUUGGAAUGGCUUUUGAACUUUAUCGAGCCAUUCCAAAUGCGACCACGACUCGAUAAAGCUCCCGAGCCAUUCCAAAUGCGACCAUGGCUCGAUAAAGUUCACGAGCCAUUCCAAAUGCGACCACGACUAGAUAAAAGUCACGAGCCAUUCCAAAUGCGACCAUGGCUCGAUAAAGUUCACGAGCCAUUCCAAAUGCGACCACGACUCGAUAAAGUUCACGAGCCAUUCCAAAUGCGACCAUGGAAAUUCAAAUUGAGGCGAUUAUAUAUGAAAUAAAACGAAAAAAGUCUCAAACUUUCAGUUUUUUCAGGACUUCGGAAUGAUUCCAACGCUGGUUUGAGACUGGAUAGUGUUAUUUUUGGUAAGAAACCUGAAAAAAUUCUCAUUUUUUUAUUUUUCAGAGCAUCGGGACGAUUUCCACCCAAAAGAUUUGGUACUGAACAGAUUGAAAGAUCCGGGUAUUUUUUUCAAAAAAAUAUUCUGAGAAAAAAAUAUUUUCCAGCCAAAUCUCCCGUGCUUUUCGACGUUCUAUCGCCGGUUUUAAGUGGUAAUUUUUUUGGUCUUUCUUCAACUGGGAAAGUUUUUAGUGGUCACUUCAGGGUUUUGACGUUUUUUGGGCCACUGAAGUAGUCAAAUUAGUGGCCACUUAAGGGGUUAAAAUUAGUGGUCAUUAUAGAGGUCUAAGUGCUACUACUAGACCCCUUAGUGGCCACUUUAGGGGUCAAUGGAUCAAUAUAACUGGUCCAAUCUGUUUGUUUUAAAAUUAUCAGUUCUCAGACCUUGGUAACGCGAACGGGACGCGAAUCGGACGUGUCGGGGCAUUUCUAGUGACCACUUUAGUAGCCUCAGAACUCUUAAGGGAUCCCUAGAAUCGCCCAGAAACGUCCGGAGCACGUCCGUUUCGCGUUACCAAUGUCCGAGUUACUGGAAGGAAUACUGGAUGAAAAACUACUGAAGUGGCCACUAAAACGGAAAAUAGUGGCCACUAUAGAGGUGGGUUUAGUGGCCACUUUAGUGUGCUCUCCAAGUUGUCCUUGGCGAGCCUCUAGCCACUAGAAAUUUUCCCAUCAAAUCAUGAAAAGUAUUGAUUUUUAGACACCGUAACCUGUGAUCCUGGAUGGCUCGUUUACUCGGGAACCAACAAGUGUUAUUGGGUUUCUUUAAAUAUUGCUUUGAAAAAAAAAAUUCUCAAACAAACUAGACUACAAUGAAAGUCAUAUUAAAGGAAAAAAAUUCAAUAAUUUUUUUGAAGAAUCUACAAAAAAACAUCUUUUUAAAAAAAUCGACGGAAGGUUAUAAUUAACUUGAAAAAUUGCCAUUUUGCCAAUUUUUAGGUGUCAUGAGUAGCUAAUGCAGCGUUCAAUAGAAACACACGAAAAAUCGGCUAAAAGUGCCGUAGAGCGCACUUGACGGGAAAAAUAGGCUUUUUAGUAGAUUUAAUUUUUUUUUUCCUUUUUUAUGCCGUGUUCAAAGUAAUUUCCGCGAAAUGCAAAAUGGUCUCUGACCCUCCAAAAUUUAGUUAUCUUUCUCUUUCUCUGACGGCUAUUUUGAAUUUCGCGGAAUCACUUUGAACACGGCAUUAUGCCUUUUCACCUAUUUUUAAGAAAUUUCAAAUCUCCAUCCAAAUUUUUUCUCUAGCCGUCAUGAGUAACUUUGAAUUGUGUAGCUUUUUAUAGAAAAUGUAAAGAUUGACUGAAUGUGCCGUAGAGCGCACUUUAAGAAAACGCUUUUCCGAUGGUUAAACAUUUUUUUUUAUGCCCUCUAAGCUUUUUUGAACUUUUUAAAUGUUUUCAAAGCUUCGGAAUCUCUCUAAGAAAGCUGAUUUUACUGGUUUUGCUUCAGUUUCACAAGUCAGAACCUUUUUGAAAUCCGAUUUUUCGAAUAUUCAAAAAUGACUAUGGACAUUUUUAUAAAAUCAUUGAAAAGGGAAAAAAAUCUGGUUUUUAAAAGGUUCUUUUUUAACUGAUCUUCAUUGGCAAAGUCCAAAAAACCCUAAAAAGAACCAUUGAAAAAAAUAGGAGGGUUAAAAAAAGGUGAAACAAAAGGAGAUACAGAAAAACUUUUGGAAACUUUUUUUAUAACUCAAAAACGAGCUCUAGAUUCCUCUUUUUGAGACAGCCUUGAGGUCUUUUUAGACUUGCCUCGCGUCCAGAAACAUCGUAUCAUUUUAAAAAGUUACACAGUUAAAGCUUUUUUUGAAAAAUACAUGAAUUGGAAUUUUCAGUGGGUAGCCACGAGUCAGGGAUGGUACGAAAGUAAGACGAUUUGUGAGAAUGUUCGGCCUGGCUCCCAUUUGACUUCGAUUCACAGUCGCGCCGAGAAUUUAUGGAUCGAUAGUGGGUUUUUUUUUUCGUUUUUUAUAAGCGAUAAUGUAUUUCAAACCGUCUAGGAUAGAAAAUUAUGAGUUUUUUCUCACUAAUUUUACUUUUUUUGCUAUAUUCUCAGCGAUUUUUCGACUUCAAGACCUAAAAUUUAUAUUUAAAACUGUUAAUAAGUAUCCCUAAGAACUCAUUCGAAGGUUUUUGAAAAAAAAAAAAUCAAUUUUCAGCAACUUUCAAGAAAAAUAACUUAUUGGACGCGUGGAUCGGAUUGUCGCAAACGGUAUGUUGUUUUCAGUAUUUUUAUUAUUUUUUUCAGUCUUUCUGAUCAUUUCAUUGUUAUAAUGAAGGAAAAAAAUACAGACUUCUAAAAAAAUGUUUUCACCGUGAAAAAACUGAAAAAUGGGUAGAAAAAAAAAACAUUAGUGGUCAUUUUUUUCUGCAAUUUUCAGGACUGAACAUGAAAAAGCUCAUUUUCAGACGUACCUGUAGCCUUCCUUGAAAUGUCGUUAUCAAAAAAAUAUAUUAAAGAAAGAUAAAAAAACUAAAAAAAAACGAAAAAAAAUUAUUUCGAAAAUGAGAGUAAACCCGUUUUCCAACGAAUGCGUCGCUGUGUUUGCGUAUUUAAAGACUACCGUAACCAUUUCAAAAAUAAAAAAAUAUUAUUUUUAAUUUCAUUUUUCUGUCAUUUUUUUAAGGAUUUUGAUUAAUUAGUCAGGUACUUUGGCUUGGGAAGACGGCACACCUGUAGACUACACCUGGUGGAUGGGCGGGAUUUACGACGGAGUUCCAUCGCCCGAUCGGGACCCUGCAAUUAGUUGCACUGAGGUAGGGGGGAAAUGAAUAUAGGAUUUUUUCGAAGAAUUCGUGGGGGAAAAUCAGUUUGAAAAGAAUAAUGUCUAGAAGUAUAUAUAAAAAUCGGAAAAAAUCGAAAAAAAAAAGGAAAAUUCUAGAUUUGUGACGACUACAUCCAGUGCAUGUGGAUGAACCCGUUCUACACGUCCGGACAGUUCAAUAUGUACGAUUGUACUUGGACAAUGAAUGCAGUUUGUCAGUACGACCCUGCCCAACGUGAGUUCUUUUUCGGAAACUUGUUGAAAAUCGAAAAAUUUUCGGAGUUGUUCUAGACUUCUUUUGACGAAUUUUUUGAGUAUUUCAAGUUCUUUUUUCUGGAUUUUCCUCCUACUUUGAAGCAUUGACCACUUAAGAGCUUAGCUCAAGGUCUCUGAAGUUAACACUUUAAGUUUCCAAGUCCCCUAUUCGUGUUGGUUUUCAAGUUGUGAUGCUUUUGAUUCCGAAAAAAUCGCUGAAUUUUCUUGAACAUUUUCUCUCACUGUCUGCGCUCUCUUUUUCUCUAACUUGCACUCUUGCUUAGAAAAAGCUGAGAGAAAAAGAAGGCUCAGAAUUUUUUUGUUUGAGUCCAGGAUUUAAUCUUGAUCAACACCGGUUUCAGUGACCACACCGACGAUUCCACCGACCACAACUACUACAGCUCCUCCAACAACUGUUACUUCAACAACGACUUCGACACCGACGGCUUCUACUUCAACCAGUACGGCUACGUCUACAAGCACGACGUCAACUACGGCUUCAACUUUGACAAGUACAACUACGUCUACAAGCACGACGUCUACUACGGCCCCAACUUCGACAAGUACGAGCACGACGUUUCUUACGGCUUCAACUUCUACGAGGUCCAGUACAACUCCAACCACGACGUCUACUACGUCUUCAACUUCUACGAGCUCUGCCACGACUCCCAGCACGACCAAAUCGACGUCACCGGCUUCAACAACGACCACAGGUCCUCUGACAACUACUACUGCGUCUUCAACUUCUACUAGAACCAGUACGACUCCAACUACGGCCUCAUCAUCAACUAUUACAACUGCUAGGACUACUGAACCAUCAUCAACCAGUUCAACUUCAGCUUCAACUUCUACGAGUACUUCUGGCACGACUACAGGUCUUCUGACGACCUCUUCUGCGUCUUCAACGUCCAGAUUAACCACGACCCCUAGCACGACAUCUGAAGCUACAACGUCGACUUCAAGCAGUACUAUCACGAGUACAGCUCCAUCCAGCUCCACCACAGCGUCUAGCAAAGCUACGACGUCAGAGUCUUCUACCAUAACUUCUACGACCACGGCCGAACCUACCACAACUUAUACUACAUCUUCUGGAACCACGACUCCAAGCCUUCCAACAACCACGCCAAAGCCUUCUAGUACCUCUACAAAGACCUCAAUUUCCACCUCUACUACCAAAACCAUCCCAGGCUCGCUUUGCCCUUCUCAAUGCCCAGAAAACUGGGUCCAGGUCGACGGAUCCUGCUUUGCGGUAUUCAAAAAAGCCCGAUUGCUCAUGUUUGCUAACUUCAGAAGCUGAGCUUGGGCGGGACUUGGGCGCAGGCCAAUUGGGCGUGUCAGCAACUUGGAGCUCAACUGGCUAGUAUCCACAGUAAGGAAGAGAACGACGCUUUGAGAAGUUUGAAAGGAGCUGGAUUUUUCAAAUAAUUUAAUUUCUAGGAGCUUUUGACACGAAUGAGUCAGGAGGCAAUGGGGAGCAAAUGUGGAUCGGAUUGAUGGUUUGAAAUUCAAAAAAUCUUCAGGAAUUAUUCAUUUCAGCAUCCUUGGACAACUUGGAGCGAUGGAUCUUCCGUUUCGUUCAAACAUUGGGGCGAGGGACAUCCCAAAGUCACUGACGGCGGAACGGUGGAACACUGCGCCGCUGUAAUUAUUCAAUUAUUUACUUAAAACGACCAUAUGUUAUAGUUCAUCACCAACCGCUUAUCUACAACUCCUUCUCGAGGCAUUUGGCAAGACUUUGCCUGUACGAAAAUUCAAUCUUUCGCAUUGUGCAAAAAAUCAGUAUGAAAAAUAAACAACUUGUUGAACCACGCGCACAACUAUUUUUGAGCUAAGCAUGACCGCCGUCGCUUACGACCAUAUCACGUUGAAAACACGCCAUCCCGUCCGAUCUGGCAAGUUAAGCAACGUUGAGAGCCGGUAG